AUGUCGACAUUAGACUCAAAUGAGCUGAUUAUUUAUAUGGAAAAAGGGUGCAAAUUGCGGCGGAUAUAUCACAAUCCGUCCAUUGGAAGUGUAAGUUUCUACAUAUACAGAGGCAGAGGGCGUCUACAGUUUUUAUUUCCGAACUCACAGGGAGAGUAUUCCAAGUGCGACGCUCAGAUUUUGAUAAAGCCUGGCGUAAAUCUAAACUAGGUUUUUAUCGGACAUGUUAGGCCUUCCGGAAUGUCGCCAGAGUGAUUUUUGACGUUUGCACUGUGUAAUAAAGAUCAGGGCGCAAGCGACAGCCCAAAAAAGCCUGAAAGAAAUUGAUGAUUUUUCAAAAUAGCAGGCCGCUUUCUAGGUUUCGCGUACUCUCUCGGCGGCAUAGUUGAAUAUCCCGACUGAGCCUGAAAAGAGCGAGCUAAAACUUUUAGAAAUUGAUAUAUGAAUAAUGCCCAAACGUGUGUACAAAAUUAAAAGAAAAUUUGAUCGUCGCAUUUUGAGUACUUACCUUAUAUGGUCGUUUUUAGGCUAAUCUAAGUAGCCGAGAGCGAUUCCUGCAGUAUUUUCAAGGUCUUGGAGUGCUCUUGUACAUCAAUUGCCUUGUGUUUCAGUAAGUUAUUUGGCAAGGAUGUCAAUUUUCAAAGCUGUCAAGAGCUGAAGUGAUGACUUUUGGACUUCCUUAUACCUAAAUCAACAUUUUCAGAAUUGGCAUUCUUGUUGAUAUCGCAUUUUCCAACAAGCCCUACUACGCCUUCAUCCCACUGAUCUCAUUUUUCGGUGUUAUCUGCCUUCUGAUCGCUGUGAAAAGGUACAGCAAGCUUAUGUUGAUUCCAUAUUUUUUAUUUGAGGUAAGCUUCAUCUCAUUUUUACUUGAACUGUUUAGAGAAGUCCUCGUUUUUUGUAAAUUCUCGCCCUAAAAAACUAUUUUUAGACCAAAAUUUGAGUGUCGCAUUUAGCACCUUCUCACAAUAAGGUUUACUACAUAUUUUUUUCAGUUUGCCGCAACUUCAAUAUACCUGUACAUAGUGCUCUUGUCCAAAGCGGACUACGACUAUUACAUUCAUCUUGAUCUUGCGGUUUUCUCACAAUUAUUUAUUUUCAAAUUUGUUUUGACGGGUGUUGUUUUCAGCCAAAUGUAUAUGAUGAUUGUUGUAGCAUGCGAUCUCUGUGAUAAACUGUUAAUACGGGAAUAA